CAUACUUGAUACUACAGCUACAGCUCCCAGCCCCCAGCCCCCAGCCCCUGAGCCCUAAGGCAUCUGCAUCUGACCACACUAGUGUAAUUAUUAACCGUACAACUUCCGUAAUAUUGCUAUUAAAAUAUUAUUUACAAUGUUCUCCACAUUUCUAAGAAGGGCACUCGUAAACUUCAAUUUCUACAAGUGCAAUAUUCAUAGUAUGUUGCAAUUAUCUGAUACUACUUUCAAAGAAGCGAUUGGAAAACAUAUAAAAGUACAGGGUUGGGUUCGCGCAGUCAGAAAGAUGAAAGACGUUAUUUUUCUUGACAUCACCGAUGGAUCGACUUCGAAAAUGUUGCAAAUUGUUGUACCAAAAUCCAUGAAACCUAAUGAGUUAAGUUAUGGAAGCAGUAUCAAAGCGGAAGGAGAAUUAGCUUUGGCUUCUGACGGUAGGGUUGAAUUACUCGCAAGUGAUAUCGCUGUGAUCGGUACAUGCAAUGUUAUGGAUGGAUAUCCUUUUGCCCCAAGAAAACAGUAUUCCGAGGAAUAUGUUAGACAAUAUUUGCAUUUAAGACCAAGGACCAGAAACUUUUCCAGCGUGUUAAGAUUACGCCACUUAGCAUCCUCAGCUAUUGAAAAUUAUUUUAGAGAUAGACAAUUUAUUCGUAUACAUACUCCAAUUUUAACCUCCAAUGAUUGCGAAGGUGCUGGUGAAUUGUUUCUAGUAAAACCACAUUCUACGCAAAUAUUAGAUAGUAUGAAAAGGGAUGGUAUUUCAGAAGAAGAAUCGUAUUUUAAUGCCAUCACGUUUUUAACAGUUUCUGGCCAAUUACAUUUAGAAGUUGCUGCAAGAGCUCUUACAAAAGUAUAUACUUUUGGACCAACGUUCAGAGCUGAAAAUUCUAAAUCGAGAUUACAUUUAUCUGAAUUUUAUAUGUUAGAAGCUGAAUUGGCAUUUGUCGAUACUAUCGACGAUCUAAUAGACCAAGUUGAACUAUUCAUAAAAUAUAUUACGAAAGAUGUAUUUGAAAAGGGUGCUUCUGAUAUUCAGUCGAUUCAUGGUCAAGAACCACAGUGGUUGAAUCAAAAGUUUGCACGUAUAACGUACGACGAUGCAAUUAAGAUUUUAGAAAAUAACGUUAAUCAAUUCAAACAGCCUAUUACGUAUGGAACUUUGCUUUCUAAGGAGCACGAGUUAUUUUUAGUCAAAUAUAACGAUAAUAUUCCUGUAUUUGUCAUAAAUUGGCCACAAGAAAUCAAACCUUUUUAUAUGAAAGAAUGUAAAGAUGAUACUUCAAAGGUUGCCGCAAUGGAUCUCUUGGUACCUAAUGUAGGGGAGUUAGUAGGAGGAAGUAUUCGUCAAGAUAAUUAUGAAAAAUUAAAAUCACAAUUACCUUUAACAUGUAAUCUUUCAUGGUAUUUAGAACUUCGUAAAUACGGCAAUGUUACGACGGCUGGUUUUGGAUUAGGCUUUGAAAGAUUUUUACAAUGUAUUUUGAAUAUAUCAAAUAUCAAGGAUACUAUUCCCUUUCCUAGAUGGCCUCAUAAUUGCAGUUUAUGAAUAAAAUUUUCAGGAUUGUUGUGUA